AUGCUCAGGUGCUACCUGCAGAGGGAUGAGAAAGGCCACUGCCAUAUCCAGCACCACAUCGUGGUAAACGUGCUGGAGCAGGCUGUGCGGGGUGACACGGAUCACAUCACCCCCAGCGUGAGGAGCAGGAGGGCUGGCUGCCACCUCUGCAUCAGCCAGGAGGAGGUUGCUGGUUGCCUUGUGCUGAUAGUAGGGACUCUGACUCAAGCAACUGCUGAGAAUGUGGAAGAACUGGGGCUCCCAGGAAGAGGAUGCUGCCUAGUACUGGGGUUCAUGUACAAGGAGAAGUACCGCAGGAUGACUGAAGGUCAAGCGUCUUCCUUCACGCAACAGCCCCAGGACCAGGUGGUGAUUGCCGGGCAGCCCGUGACACUGCUGUGCGCCAUCCCUGAGUACAAUGGCAUCGUGCUGUGGAUCAAAGACGGGCUCGCCCUUGGAGUCGGACGGGAUCUCUCAAGCUACCCACGCUAUCUGGUCAUAGGAGACCAUCUGUCUGGAGAGCAUCACUUGAAAAUCCUGAGAGCUGAUCUCCAAGAUGACGCCGUCUACGAAUGUCAGGCCAUCCAAGCAGCCAUCCGAUCCCGACCUGCCCGGCUGACUGUUCUCGUUCCUCCAGACGACCCCAUCAUUAUGGGGGGACCCAUCAUCAGCCUGAGAGCGGGAGACCCCCUCAACCUGACCUGCCACGCAGACAACGCCAAGCCGGCUGCCUCCAUCAUCUGGAUGCGGAAUGGAGAAGUUAUCAAUGGAGCCACCUACUCCAAGACCCUUCUCCGUGAUGGCAAGAGAGAGAGCAUCAUGAGCACCCUUUUCAUCGCCCCCUCCGACAUUGAGAACGGAGAGAGCAUCGUCUGCCGCGCCACCAACAAAGCCAUUCCCAGCGGGAAGGAGACCUCGGUCACCAUUGACAUCCAGCACCCCCCCUUGGUGAACCUGUCCGUGGAGCCUCAGCCGGUCCUGGAGGACAACACCGUCAAGUUCCAUUGCUCUGCCAAGGCCAACCCAGCCGUCACGCAGUACAGGUGGGCAAAGAAAGGCCAGGUGAUAAAGGAAGCAUCCGGUGACUUCUACGAAACCAUCGUGGACCACACCUUCUUCUUCGAGCCCGUCUCCUGCGAGGUGACCAACGCGCUGGGCAGCACCAACAUCAGCAGGACCGUGGACGUCUACUUUGGGCCAAGGAUGGCAACAGAACCGCAGUCCCUCCUCGUCGACCUGGGCUCAGACGCCGUCUUCAACUGCGCCUGGACGGGGAACCCCUCCCUCACCAUCGUCUGGAUGAAGCGGGGCUCAGGCGUGGUCCUGAGCAAUGAGAACAAGCUGACACUCAAGUCCGUCCGCCAGGAAGACGCCGGGAAGUACGUGUGCCGAGCCGUGGUGCCGCGGGUCGGCGCAGGGGAACGCGAGGUGACGCUCACUGUCAACGGGCCCCCCAUCAUCUCCAGCACGCAGACACAGCACGCCCUGCACGGCCAGAAAGGGCAGAUCAAGUGCUUCAUCCGCAGCACCCCUCCACCAGACCGGAUUGCUUGGUCCUGGAAGGAGAACGUCCUGGAGUCUGGGACCUCCGGGCGCUACACGGUGGAGACAGUCAGCACAGACGAGGGCGUCAUCUCCACGCUGACCAUCAGCAACAUCGUCCGGGCCGACUUCCAAACCAUUUACAACUGCACUGCCUGGAACAGCUUCGGCUCCGACACGGAGAUCAUCCGGCUCAAAGAGCAAGGUACGGAAAUGAAAUCAGGAGCUGGUAUUCAAGCAGAGUCGGUGCCGAUGGCGGUGAUCAUCGGAGUGGCCGUGGGGGCCGGCGUGGCAUUCCUGGUGCUGAUGGCCACCAUCGUCGCCUUCUGCUGCGCCCGCUCUCAGCGAAAUCUGAAAGGUGUGGUCUCUGCCAAGAACGAUAUCCGCGUGGAGAUUGUGCACAAGGAGCCAGCCUCCGGCAGGGAGACGGAGGAGCACCCCACGAUCAAGCAGCUGAUGAUGGACCGGGGGGAGUUCCAGCAGGACUCGGUGCUGAAGCAGCUCGAGGUGCUCAAGGAGGAGGAGAAGGAGUUUCAGAACCUGAAGGACCCCACCAACGGCUACUACAGCGUGAACACCUUCAAGGAGCACCACUCGACGCCCACCAUCUCGCUGUCGGGCUGCCCGGCGGACCUGCGCCCUGCCGGCAAGCAGCGGGUGCCCACGGGCAUGUCCUUCACCAACAUCUACAGCACACUGAGCGGGCAGAGCCGCCUCUACGACUACAGCCAGCGCUUCGUGCUGGGCAUGGGCAGCAGCUCCAUCGAGCUGUGCGAGCGCGAGUUCCAGCGCGGCUCCAUGAGCGACAGCAGCUCCUUCCUCGACACGCAGUGCGACAGCAGCAUCAGCAGCAGCGGCAAGCAGGACGGCUACGUGCAGUUUGACAAGGCCAGCAAAGCCUCCGCGUCCUCCUCCCACCAUUCCCAGUCCUCGUCCCAAAAUUCGGACCCCAGCCGGCCCCUGCAGAGGCGGAUGCAGACGCAUGUUUGA